AUGAAGGUAGUUUCACAUCUUCUCUUUUCCGUCUUGACCUUGGUUGUCUUGUUGCUUUCCCAGCUACCUCGAAGGGCGUAUGGAGGCACGAACAUGGCGGAGGAGACAAACCAUUUCAAGAAGAGCAUUGUAGGCGCUAUCGUGGAUUUCAGUUCUCGGAUUGGCAGAGAAGAGAAGGUUGCUAUGGAAUUGGCGAUUGAUGAUUUCUACUUCAACACAAAUAUAAGUUUGAUUCUGGAAGUUAGUGACUCCGGCGGGGAUCCAAUCCAAGCAGCUCAUGCUGCUACAAAUCUAAUCAAUACACAUCAUGUUCAAGCCAUUUUGGGGCCAAGAUCAUGGGACGAGGCAUCAUUAGUUUCAGAGAUUGGUAGCCAAACCCACACUCCAAUUCUCUCCUUUGCUGAUUCUCCACCGUGGGCUACCACGCGGUGGCCCUUCCUCCUCCAAGCCUCGCCAAGCCCAUCCGCGCAAAUGAAGGCGGUGGCAGCCAUUGUGCAGUCAUGGGGAUGGCGUCAAGUCAACGUGAUUUACGAGGAUACUAAUUCUGCAGCCACCGGAGUCAUUCCUCAUCUUCACCACUCCUUACAAGAAGUAGGUGCAGAGAUAAGCCACCUCGUAGGACUCCCAUUUUUUGCUAGCUCCACCUCAUUUUCUCCAGAGCUAGAGAAACUUAAAAAGGGGCAGUGCAGGUUCUUCGUGGUCCACACGUCCUUUCCAUUAGCCAUCCGCCUUUUUAAAAAGGCGAAUAAGAUGGGAAUGAUGGAAAAGAAUUACGUGUGGAUCAUCACCGAUCCCAUAGCAAGCCUUGUCCAUGCUAUCAAUCCCUUCGCCAUUGCUUCAAUGCAAGGCGCGUUGGGAGUGAGAACAUAUUUCAAGGAAACUGGGUCCCACUACCAUCAUUUCUACACACGAUUUAGGAGGAGAUUCGGGUUAGAGAAUCCUGAUGAAGAAAAUCACGAGCCAGGGAUUUCCGCACUCCAAGCCUACGAUGCCACGAGAUUAGUGGCAACAGCGAUGACUAAUAAUGACAAUGAUAAUUUGAUAGAUAACAUUGUGUUAACCGAGUUUGAUGGAUUGAGCGGUGAAUCUCGAUUCAUCGAAAGGAAAGUAGCUCCGGUGAGAACAUUCCAGAUCAUUAAUGUGAUCGGAAAGAGUUACAGAGAGAUUGGAUUUUGGUCAGAUGGGUUUGGUUUCUCGGGGACCGUUGAUGGAGGAGAAAGGUACAAUGAUAGUAUGGAGAGCUUGAAGAUGGUGAUUUGGCCCGGGGAACCUAGGAUUGCUCCGAAAAGGUGGACACUGCCAUGA